AUGGAUGCGAUUCACACAAAGUUAACGCUACACUCAGCAGCAGCGCAUAUUGAGAAGGUGUUACAAAUCUCACAGAGAAGCAACCGUAAACUUGCUGAUAGUGAGUUGGAACUGAUAAAAAAUCUUUGCAAAUCGGACAACAGCAGGAUAUGUCAGCUCGCAGUGGAAACGUUGUUGCUGCUCGUUGCGGAAGGAAUCGUAGACCAAGGGCAAGCAAUGGGUAUUUUUAUGGCCUUCCUACCAACCACAACUCCGACACAGUUUAUCGCUGUGGGUACAGCGAUUGUUGAAUUGCUUUUAAUGGACCUGCGUCGUCGAUGUACCUCAGAGAAUGGCCGUGGCUACGUUUGUCAGUUCGAGUUGAAAGCACCCCAACAUCCCAUGAUUCUUCUUCUCGACAAGGCCGAUGCAGCCAGUAUGAACGAGUUCCUAGAUAUGACCACUAGCAUCCUCACGUCUCAGGAUGCAGUGGUACACGCAAAUGCUGUUGAAUUUCUGCGUCCCGUUCUUCUUCACCUAUUCUCCAAUGUUCGACAGUUUCCCGACUGCCGUAAGCUUUGGCAGCUACUGGUAGAAACAUCUUUGCUAGACCAAAAAGCGGAGGCAAUUGUUUAUGAAAUACUCGCAUGGCGAAGAGAUAAUAAUGCCCAUCAAACAUGCUACACCGUGAGCCUGCUGUUGGAAUUGUUGAACGUUAUUCCACUUACUUCGGAUGAAAAAUCGUUGAAAAUGCGCGUGGAAAUUGUCACUUAUCUUGCAGCGAUAACGAAGGAUUACAUCAGCCUGAACUACGAUCCGAAAAGGUGUCUAAGCGCGCUUCGAGAAACAUGUGAAAUCAUUGUGGAGCAUGAUCCUCUUCCGGAGCUAGAUGUUCUGCUGUGCGUUGUCACGGAUUUGUUGCCAAUUACGUCUCCCGUCAAGGUCGGCGGAGUGGUGUGGAUAAUAAACACAAUCCUACCCGCCUGUGGCCCGUUUAGCCGUAUGCUUGCGAAGGAAGCUAUGAUUCAACUGCUUGGUCAACCCUCGUACACAACUCAGCAUCUUUCGCUCUGUGACAAAGUGCUUCAAGCGUGCGACAACGAAUCAACGGUUUCCCGUACCACCGUCAGAUUACCUCUCAGACCAAUGUACUAUCACGCUGACCUGGCGAAAUGGUCAUUACUUUGUGCGUGGUUUGCGUCCUCACCUUUUGCGUUGGAGAACUACGCACGAGGAAAUGCUGCACUAUCCUGUACAUGUUUUUCCGACAACCUCGGUUCGCUUUACCGAGCUAUUUUUAUAUCGACAGCCUACGAGGAGGAUGUUUGGCGUGGUAGCUUUCGCGGAUUGGUAGCACUAAUGCAGCGCAACGAAGUGCAAGCUGCACAUUGCAUGAUUCCUCUCUUGUAUGGAUUGGCGCAGCAGAAAGAUGGUGGACGGCGAUUGCACAUACUGCAGACUUUGGCCUCGAUGGGGGCGAAAGAGAAUGUAAUCGGCAUCCUGAAAGCGCUGACAAAGGACCUGGAUCGAGCUACUUCCUUGGAUCUGUACUUGAGGCUCUGGAAGGCGGAACCACGGACCUAUCCUUUGCUGUACGACCUGCUGAAAGAUACUAGCCGGCAUUCACCGCAUCCAGACGAAGAUCCGUGGGAGUACAUCGUUUCCCGUGCGUACGCAAUACGUGAAGUUUGUCUGAUAAACCCUCAACAACACGGUGAAGAUCUGGUGAACCUGUUUUCGGAAGUGCUGAGCAACCCGAACGAUGAAAACAACGAGGCAGCGGUGUGCCUAUCGCUCGACGCUAUAUCGAGUCUCUGUGAAAAUCGUGUCGUCAACAUUGUCUCCGUUUGGAAAGUGCUUGGCUCCCGUUUCGCCCAUGAACAGCGUCCGCGUGUUAUCCGUUCACUUUGUCGAUUUUUCGCAAAUGUUCCAUUGAUUAAAGUAAUAUCCCUGGAACAAGAACGGCUAGUCAACAACAUUAUAUCAACUCUGUGGCACUACGUCACGGACUACGACGAUGGAGAAAUAAUUGGUGCCGCACUUGCAACGUUGAAGCAUUUUAAUCCAGACUCACUGACGAUGCGUCAGAUACCGGAACUGUUUCGCCAAGGCAUUGCAGAGCCCGAACCGAACGCAGAUGGUGUUUCCCUUGCCGACAGUACCGGUUCGGUGCCACCCGAAUGCUGGAUUCAGCUCAUUCAGUACAUCAAUCUCAGUGCGAUCGAGGCAGCCGGUGAUCUUGUCAGUCACUACAUUGCUCGUGAGAUGGACACGUUUCGGGGCGGUUUGUAUCAAACUCCGGAGGGUCGCCCAGAACCAUCGAACUUAAAAUAUCUUCCGCGGACAGGCAUUUUAGCUACAAUAGUCAAUUAUCUAAUUUCGCAGAGUACGAAAUUCGCAACCAACAGCAACGCCAGCGAACAUGUUUUAAUCCAACUGUUGCGCAUCGUCGCAUGUCCAUACCCGAAACCGAUACCACCGCUUAAUUGGUGUUUUUUGCACGAAUAUUUUCUCCACUGCUUCGAGAUGCGUGACUAUUGUUUACAGAUUGCAAUUAAGCAAAUGCCUUAUUCUGGAACUGCCAAGCGGUUGGUCGAAAAUUAUCUUUACGAGCAAUGUGAAACGGCCAUGCUGGAGGAAGAUCUGCUGAAAACAUUCGCCCGGAUUGGCGACAUUACCGAAUCGGUACAGACACCGAUUUACAAGCAAUACAUUCACUUGGCGCUACAUUUUCUAGCCGAACGUGCGGAGGACAAGCGAUUCGGUGACAGUUCCGGUUUCGUGCAAGCCAUUCAGUUAGUUGGCAAGGCACUCGACCGCACCUAUAGUGACGAAAGCAACUUUGAACAUCUCUGCGAGAUGUUGCAAAGCUUUUUCACCAGAUUCGCUCUCGAUUCGGAGAUAUUCCGUAAAUAUAUAGAUGUUCUUGUCCAGUUACCAAGGCAGUACUUUGACAACGCUUUUCAGGGUGGUAUUACUGGGGAAGAAAACUUAAUGACGCUGCAAAAGAAUAUUUACUUUGAGUUCGCCUAUCGCAAACAUCAUCCCACCGUUCCGAUUAUGAAACUGGUCGAGGGCAUUGCCAAAUCUUUGGUUAAUAACCAGGCAGACUCCAAAGUCCUGAAGGCUUACUUUCUGGGGCAGUUGUAUGAUUUUGCGCAACUUUUCAUCAAAGCACAAAACUGCAAACCAUUGAUCAGUUUUAUCGACGAACUCAUCAGUUCAGUACAGAAUGCCCUGGUGCUGGUGGGAAAUGAAAAGGAAUCGAUUCCGUUCAUGCUGGACACGCUUAUGACGAUGGUAGUUAGCUUUUCCGGAUGGGGUACUCUGUAUGGUGUGAAUGAAAUUGCUCUUAAUCGUUCGUUACUCUUCGCUUUAUUCCCCGCGGCAUUGGCCACUCUAUUUCAGCAAAACUUAUGCCGUGAGGUUGAGAUAAAAAUCUAUGAAUUCCUUUGCCAUCUGUAUGGCGUUGCUUCGGUACCGCUCGACCUGGUGGAAUGCAUCCGCAACUCGCUAAUAUGCUGCAAGAGACAACCAUACUUUCAGCAAAGCAAAUCGUGGCCGAAAUUUGUGUCGAUGAGAAGAAUAUGCUAA